AUGGAAAUAAAUAUAGUGGUUCGAGAAAUUGUAUACAAUCUUAAUGAUUGUACAAAUGAAAACAAUAAAAAUAAAGCUGAUGGAGAUAAAUCAAUAUAUUAUUCAUCACAUAUAUGGCCUUGUUCUCCAGUUUUAUCGCAAUAUAUAGUUUUAAAUGAUGUGGUAAAGAAUAAAAAUAUUUUAGAAUUAGGUUGUGGAACUACAAUUUUGCCAUCAAUAUUAUCUUAUAAACUUGGAGCUAAUAUUAUAUUGUCUACAGAUAGCUGUUUUAAGUUGCAUAAUCAAAAUGAUUUAAAAAAUUUGUGUUAUUUUUAUAAAAGUUUUAAAUUUUUCUCAAAUUACUUGAAAGAUGGCAUAUCAAAGGGAAUUACAGAGAAAUAUUCUGAUCUUCAGGAUAUAAAAAUAAAUGCAAAUAUAUUUCAAAAAAAUGCAUUAUAUAACUUAGAUGCAAACAAUAUUACUCCAUAUUAUUGUAAUACUUUCUCUGAUUUUAUUAAAUUGUCACAUAAUUUUCUUAGAAAAUCUUUAUAUUUAAUGCCUUUAAUUUGGGGAGAUAUAUUCCUAAAAUUAAAUGAUAAAAAUACAAAUGAUGAGACAAGUGCAAAAGAAGAGAACCACAAAUUUGAUGUAAUAUUAGCCUCAGAUAUCUUUUAUGAUGGGGACAAUUAUACUGAUAUCAUGUAUACAUUAAAAAAUUUAGCAUUAGGUAAUAAAAAUGUGCAAAUAUUUAUAACAUACCAACGUAGAGAUUCAGAGAAUUUUGGUUAUUUUUAUAAUGGUGUUUCACGCCAACUUGCCCAUUAUUUUGAAUAUUGGGGAUUUUUGUAUGAAAGGAUAGAGUUAGAUGAAUCACUAUACAAUAAUAUAGCAGGUUCUAAUUUACCUGGAAAUCAUGUAAUUGAUUUAUAUCGCCUGUGGAUUAAUGAUAAUUCAUAAUAUAUAUUUAUUGUUCCUUAUUAAA